AUGUGGAAAGUGCUGAAGACGAUGACAGAUUGUACGAAAAGCGCGGUCAUGCUUGACGGAGAACUGUCAAAAUUCUUCGACAUUGAGCAGGGGGUCCCACAAGGUGGCGCGCUGUCCCCAACAUUGUUCCAGGUGUCCAUCGACCAUCUUUUGGAAGUCGUAGAGGCAGUCCGGCAGGGAGUAAAAGUAGGGGACACGGAAACGUCCGUUUCAGGAAUGCUGUUUGCGGAUGAUUUUGUCGGUAUGUCGGACACCCCUGAGGGACUGCAACUUAAAAUUGACGCGGCGAAGAAAUUUACUGAUAAGUGGAGAUUGCCUGCCAAUGUUAAAAAGAGUGCCGUCAUGGCAUGCAACGAGAACAAGGAGGAACCAGUAGAACAUAGAUGGAAGUGGGGGAUCGAGGAGACUGCAUUAGUGGACCAGUACACAUACCUCGGAGUAGAGAUUGCAAAAGACUGCUCGUGGAAUGCACACUUGUCCAAGGUAGCGGAAAAAGACAAAGCACGAGCAGGGAAGCUGCACCCAAUACUCGCAAACCGGCACCUCGAUACACGCAUCAAAUUGACGGUUUUGAAGAGCGUAAUCGUACCGCCGCUAGAGUACGCCGGAGAAUAUGGCAAGGAAAGAAGGACGGUAGACGACGAAGACGACGGGUUCAAAUGUGAUUGCGGCUUCGAAUGCGAAGACCGUGAAUGUCCGUUGUACAAGAAGGAGAGGGAAGUGUACGUGACUGAGCUGGGAAAAAUAGAUGGGACGUAUAGGGAGAUGUUUGAGGCAUGGAAUGGGAGGAAAGGACGGUAG